AAAACAAAUCAAUGGCGGACAUAAUGGCUGAAUGACGUUCCAAAAACAUCUUUUUUCUCCUCCCUCAAGCCAUGCUUUUACUACAAAAUUAGCUAAGAAUGCCGAGGAGAAAGGUAAAUUUCCGUAAGCCGUCAUUAGAGGACCAGUCAGACUCAGACUUUGAUGUUGAUAUUGAGACGUUAUCUGAGGAUACUGCAGACACAGAAAGCAAUCCUUCUUACUCGAGUUCUCCAAGAAAACAAGACGCUUCGCCUCGCAGAUUGAAGAAAUCACCUAACGUCACUCCCAGAAAAGGUGUAAGAAGGUCAGGCCGUAAAAAUCUUUCUGGAGGACAGAGCAGCCAGGAAGGGUCUAAAGAAUGCUGUCUGUGUUUUGAGAUUAGCGAUGAAGGACCUCCUGAUGCUGAAGAUAUGAUUGUCUGUGCUGAAUGCAGAAAUUAUAGCCAUCAGUCCUGUUUAGGAAUGUCAAGUAAUAUGUUAUCAAUUGUCAAGAUGUAUCCUUGGCAAUGUUCAUCCUGCAAGACCUGUGAGAAAUGUAAUAUUAGAAGACCCAAGUGCAAGCUACGGGUCUGUAAUAACUGCGAUAGGAGUUUCCAUACGACAUGUAUGGAUCCAAACCUCGGUGUGGAUGCCAACGAACAAUGGACCUGUCAAAUCUGUCUUGAUGAGCCUGCAACACCAAAGGCACAGCCAGAAGAACAAGAAGAAGAGAAAUUAGAUGCCAAAAAUGUUGAUGAAAAUAUUUCAAAACCAAUUCCAAAAACUGCUAGUCCCUUACGAAAAUCUCCAAAACGAAAAAAAACUAUGAAGUUUGUUCACAGAAAGAGAUCAAAACUGAAAGAAGAGAGAUCAAAAAGUGACGAAAAUAUGGCAAAUACAGAAUCAGAGGAAUCUGAAGGGGGUUGUUUAUCGGACGUUUCACUGUCGUCUUCGCCAGCGAAAGAACUAGACUACGGAACUUCAACUUCUUCUUUCAAGACAUUUUAUGUGAAGAGUUCAAGUAUCCAGAAAAAAUGUCCAACUCAAGGCUGUGAUGGGAAAGGUCACUUGACGGGGAGGUUUAGCAUGCAUCAUACUGUAUCAGGCUGUCCAAAGUACCAUCACAUGACAGCUGAAGAAUGCAAGUUUAAAGCAGAAGAGCGAGAAAAGGAAAUCAAAGAAAAGCGCAUUUCAAGAAAAGUAGCAGUUGAUACCACCAUCACGACGGAAGACACACCAAGACGAGAUCUUAGAAGACAAGUUGCUUUGUCCUUCAUGGCUGAAAAGGUCCGCUCUGCAGUAGGAAGUGCAGAACUGAUGCCAAACAAUUUGGAAAAGUACAAAAUGUCACCAGCUCCUUCAAGAAGCUCUACAGUCAUGGAGCCAGUAUCACUAGUUGCUCCUCGUGAAGAACUCAAGGAAGAAGUGCUCAAAGGGCUCACAUCAGAGUAUGACUUUCACUUAUUUAAAACUGCUUGGAAGAAGGCAGCUGAGGUCAAUGAAGAGGAAGCUUCUAUCCYAGUAAAUGGUCGUCCAGUUUGUCGGUGUGUUGUAUUCGGCAUGUUUGAAAUAGACACAUGGUAUUCAUCACCAUAUCCCGAGGAUUAUCAGAGGCUCAAGAGGAUCUACAUUUGUGAGUUCUGUUUGAAGUACAUGAAAAGUCCCACUAUCCUCAGAAGACACAUGGCAAAGUGUGUUUGGAAGCACCCACCAGGCAUUGAAAUUUACAGGAACAAUAAUCUGUCUGUGUUUGAAGUGGAUGGGAAAAAGCACAAAACAUACUGUCAAAACCUCUGCUUGAUGGCCAAACUAUUCCUGGACCACAAAACACUGUAUUACGAUGUUGAGCCAUUCCUUUUCUAUGUGAUGACCAAAGCAGAUAAUGUUGGGUGCCGGUUUAUCGGCUAUUUCUCCAAGGAGAAGAAAUCAUUUUUAAACUACAAUGUGUCUUGCAUUCUUACUCUUCCUGCGUACAUGAAACAAGGAUAUGGAAAAAUGUUGAUUGACUUUAGUUACUUGUUGUCUAAAGUAGAAGGCAAAGUUGGAUCUCCAGAGAAGCCUUUAUCUGAUCUUGGCUUAAUCAGCUAUCGCAGCUACUGGAAGUCAGUAGUUAUCAAAUAUCUACAGACAUAUGGCUACGAAAAGAUAUCAGUACGAGAUAUCAGCCAAGAGACUGCAAUCCAUCCUAAUGAUAUCGUCAGUACUUUACAAUAUCUUGGUAUCCUAAAAUACUGGAAGGGAAAGCAUGUUGUGCUGAGAUCCAAGGAAUUGUAUGAAGAGUACAAUAAGAAAGUUGACUCUCGGCCUGCAAACUACCAAGAGAUUGACCCAGCAUGUUUGCGCUGGUCCCCACCUGUUACUAUGGAGAAUAACAAACCAUAGCAACUGGAGUAUGGUAUGUAACCUGUUACUAUGGAUACCAAAAAGCCAUUGAAACUACAGCAUCAUUGGUAAGCGUAAAGCAUAACUGUCAAUGUUGCUAUGACAAAAGAUGUAUUCAUCCAGCGCCUUUUUAUUGGUCCCCUAUAAUGAUCGCUAUAAGAUAUUUGUCAGUUGGUUUCCAUGACAACUGCAUUGGUGUCAGUGGUUAACUUUCAUAAAUGACGUCACUGCUCUAUGCACGAUAGCCAUCAAUCUGUUUCCAUGGCUACCACAAGGUUAGAUCUGUUGCUAUGACCACUGUUGAAAACACAGCAGUCAAAUGCUGAUAAGUAAAAACUAAGUAGACAAUGUAUAUAAAAGCAUGUGACGAAAAGUAAGAUGAAAUGAACUGUACAAUGUAUCCUUGUAAUUUGACAAUAAAACAUGUAGUACUGUUCA